CGGAGCCCUCGGCAGCAGCAGUCGCCGCCUGUCCCGUCGGUCGGUCCUGUCCGUCCGUCCCGCCUGCCCGCCCUCAGCAUGCCGCCGCCGCCGCUGCCCUUCUCCGUGUCCAAGGAGGCGGCCGUGGGCGCCGCCGUGCUGGGCGCCGCCUUGGCCGCCGGGGUGGCCCUGGGGCGAAGGGCCCCUCAGUGGCUGUUUGGACCUCAGAAGAACCUGCUGCCGCCUCGAAAAAGUCCCCUGUGGUGUUACGUCCUGAGUCACUCGCUGAGAGAGCACCCUGUGUUGAAGAAGCUGAGACUGCUCACCCUGGAGCAACCGCAGGGAGAAAUGAUGGUGACGGCAGAGCAAGCGCAGUUACUGGCCAACCUGGUCCGACUCAUCAAAGCCAAGAAAGUCCUUGAGAUUGGCACGUUCACAGGGUACAACACGCUGAGCCUGGCCCUGGCCCUGCCUGAUGACGGGCGAGUGGUGUCCUGUGAAGUCUGCGCCUCGUUUGCCGAGAUCGGCAGACCCCUCUGGAAGGCGGCUGGCGAGGAGCAGAAGAUCGAUCUGCACAUUAAACCGGCACUCCAGUUGCUCGAGGAGCUCUUGGCUGCAGGAGAGGGCGGCACCUUCGACGUGGCCUUCAUUGACGCGGACAAGGAUAACUGCACCGACUAUUACGAGAAGUGUCUCCGUCUCGUCCGGCCAGGCGGCAUCAUCGCCAUCAACAACGUUCUCUGGCACGGAGAAGUGCUGACGCCAAGGAAGGGUGACCUGGCCACCCAGCGAGUUAAUGACCUGAACAAGCGGGUGUUCCGAGACCCCCGAGUCAACAUCAGCUUGGUGCCUUUGGGGCCUGGCAUGACGUUGGCCUUCAAACUUUAGAGAGGCCGCACGGUGGACCGGACCCCACGGGGGCAGGGAGCAGAGCACCAGGCCAACCAGUCAGCCGCAGGUAAUGGGGCUUUAAAGACAGCGCUGGCUGGGGAGAGCUGGGCCUGCCCAGGAGAGUGAGAAAAAGAAAAUGGUGACUCAUAAUGGUCGCAGGCAAUUGCAGAAAGAUGCUCUAAUUUUUUUGUAAAGCAAUAAAUACCACAAUUAUUA